AUGGCUGGGGGGUUUGUAGAAACUGGUGAAGAAAACAAACAAUACAAUGGGAGGCUAACAAAAUUUGUAGCUCUUUCGUGUAUCAUAGCUGGCUUUGGUGGAGUUCUCUUUGGGUAUGAUAUCGGAGUUUCAGGUGGAGUAACGUCAAUGGCGCCAUUCCUAACGAAGUUCUUCCCAGAUGUAUUCAGAAGGAUGAAAGAAGAUAAAAACAUUAGCAACUACUGUAAAUUUGAUGACCAGCGGUUGACUUUGUUCACAUCAUCUCUAUACAUUGCUGGUCUUGUGGCUUGCUGGGUUGCCUCAUGGGUCACUCGGGUUUAUGGUCGUAAAUGCUCAAUUCUUAUCGGUGGUGCCUCUUUUGUCAUUGGAACAGUUUUGGGCGCCGCUGCUCAAAAUUUGGCCAUGCUCUUAAUAGGUCGUGCUUUGCUUGGUGUGGGUAUUGGAUUUACAAACCAGUCAGUCCCUUUGUAUCUCUCAGAGAUGGCACCUGCCAAAUACCGAGGAGGAAUUAACAAUUGUUUCCAGUUAAGUACCAACCUAGGAGUUUUAUUUGCCAGCCUCAUCAACUUUGGAAGCCAAAAGAUUUUCGGUACUUAUAGUUGGCGAGGUUCACUUGGCAUUGCUGCAUUCCCAGCUUUAAUCUUCACAAUUGGAUCUAUUUUCCUACCGGACACGCCAAAUAGUUUGAUUCAACGUGGGAAAGACAUUAACAACGCGAAGAUGGUGUUGCAAAAAGUAAGAGGUACUGUUGAUGUUCUAGAAGAGCUGGAUGAUCUUAUCAAAGCUAGUUCUGCCUCCAAAACAACAAGUAAGAGCUAUUUCAAAAUUUUGGAGAGGAGAUAUCGACCUCAGCUCGUAAUGGCAAUAGCCAUCCCGUUCUUCCAACAAGUUACAGGAAUUAAUGUCGUUGCAUUCUAUGCACCACUAUUAUUCAUAACAAUAGGGUUGAAGACAAGUGCAGCAUUAUUAUCCUCCGCAGUGAUUAGUGGCAUAGCUACAAUAUUCACUAUAAUAUCGAUGCAUAUAGUUGAUAAAUUUGGACGAAGAAAACUGUUCAUAUUAGGAGGAAUUCAAAUGUUCAUAUCCCAAAUGAUAAUAGGUGGAGUCAUGGCAAACAAACUCGGUGAUCAUACUGCGUUAAUGACCAAAUCUUACGCGUAUUUCGUACUGGUUUUCAUAUGCGUUUACGUCUGCGGUUACUCAUGGUCAUGGGGUCCUUUAGCCUGGUUAGUCCCUAGUGAAAUCUUCCCAUUAGAAAUACGAUCAGCUGGACAGACAAUUGUUGUUUCAGUUGGUAUGUUUUUCACCAUCAUCAUUGCUCAAGCAUUUUUGACAAUGCUUUGUCAUUUCAAAGCUGGGAUAUUCUUCUUCUUUGGUGGUUGGGUAUUUGUCAUGACAGUAUUUGUGUAUUUUUUCUUGCCGGAAACUUGCGGCAUUCCGAUUGAAAAAAUGGUGAAGGUUUGGAGAGAACAUUGGUUUUGGAAGAGAUUCGUUGGGGAUGUCGAGAUUGAAGAUACGGAAGAACUCAGAACUCCAUAG